UUCAGCGAAUCAUUUCUUCAGUUCUUCAAGUGGAGUCAAGGCAGAAAAAAGCUUCGCUUCUCAAAUCUAGAUAAUUUUCAUUAUAACUCUACUUGUCAAUCAGUUACAGAUCAUUAAACGAAGCGAAGUCUUGAUAUGUGAUCAUUGAAUAAAAUAAAUGUGAAAUAAUUUAAUUGCGGAUAUGUUUCGUAAUUAACAGUUGGCAAGUGGUAGAUUACAAAUGGAUCUAGGGAAACUAGAUCUAGCCUAGAUCAGCGCUUGAUUCAGUCUGUGUAUUAGUAGAUAAAUGAAUGGAAAACUCAACCAAUGAGAAACAUAUUGAGGUCGUUGUUUUUUAAACAUUCUGACAUGGAUAAUCUUCAAAAUAUUACACACUCGAUAACUAUUCAUUUUGUGAACAAAGGUAUACGCCCUAAAUCGUUUGAUUUACAAACGCAUAAUUUGACUUGUGAACAAGUUUUAAGGCUGUGUAUUGAUCAUGUGUGUGAUGCUUUAAAGAUAGUGCCAGAAAAAUGUAAAGCACCUAAGUUUCUUCCAUUGUUUGGACUGGUUACACUUCCAGAAGAAACGAUAUGGUUGCCAAGGAAUCACACAUUUGAACCUUAUAGCAACAGUCAAAGGAAUUACAAAUUCAAAAUACGAUUUCGGCCGCCCCCAGACUAUGUCAGUCAACUAAAAACCGACACGGGUAGCAAUGUCAUGUGGGAGUAUUUAUUUUUACAAAUUCACAACGACUUUUUGACUGGGACUUUGGUGGAAAGCAAAAAACUAGAUACCAAAAAUGUAUUUACUUUGCUAACUUAUGCUUUGCUAAUGCCCAAAGAUUUGCCUUAUGACAGUUCCCUAAAAGUAAACGAAAAGUACAGAGAAAGACAAAUCGGGUUCAUUAGGUUUAUUACUUUCUUCUCAAAAUCAUUACGAUCGCGUCUCAUCUCCACCAAUCUAAUUGAUCAUUACUGGCUUCGCGAAGGCCUUAAGGAGAACACUAAAAUCAUGAAAUCAAAGAAUGAAAACCUGAGACAUUUCAAAAAGAAAUUCUAUAAGACGAUAUUGGAUGCAGAACCCAAUUACGGAUCAGAACAAUAUGCAGAAGUCCUGGUUGGUAAAGAUAAUGAGGAAGUGACAGUAACUAUUGGUUACUAUGGUGAACAUCAACAGCCUGCUCUUUACUUUGGUGAGGAACUUCAAUUCAUUUUAUCCGGAAUUUUGUAUAUAGAAUUGCAGUUACCUAAAAAUAGCCAAAAGAAACUUUGGACUGUGAUGAUUCAGCUCAAAGAUGAGAAAUCAUACAAGAUUCAGUUUAAAAAGGAAUGUGCUGCCAAAUCUUUCUUGUCCAUGUUGCAAGGCUACUACAGUCUCUAUGUGAAAUAUGAUAAGCAUCUGAUCGCAGAUAUACAGACCAUCGGCUCCAAAUUGAGCUCUGAGUUGUACAGCUUCGGACCUUUAAAGUAUUUAACAGCUGUGAAAUAUUUGAAGGAGUCUCAGUCGCCAACAGAUCCAGAGAAUAAAUUUUUCUUAAUUCAUGAAAGUUUUACAGACUUUGAUAAAUACGUUGUCAUCUCAUCAUCUAGAAAGUCCAAAGACAGUAAAGAUAUAACUGUGGAAACUUUUAACAUUACAGUGGAUGAUGGCCAGAUGUUUACUUUGAAUAAUAGUUGUCAGAAAAAAAUGAGUGCUUCGGAAGUUAGAGUGUACUUGAAGAAGGAAUUUGGAGAUCAACUCCAUCCUAGAAACUACAGUCAUGUCUCAGAACUUGAACAUAUUUUUAAAACUGAAGCCUCAGACUAUUACAAGGAAAACAGUAAAGAAACUGAGAACUAUUCCAAUGGUAAGAUCUUCCUGCCUGAUGAAUUGGAUAACCGCAGACAUCACAUUCAAGACAAAAAUCUUUACCUAAAGAAGUAUGAAGUAAGUUUCAAUGGGGUUAAAAUGAUGUUGGUAGAGCUUCAGCAAGAUAGUGGAAAGUAUGCAGAGGCUUUUAGAUCCAGUUUGUCUGACCUGAUGAAACUGCACAAAGUGAGGCCCUCAAGUUUUUUCAAGUUUUACGGCAUGGUGGUGGACAGAAAAUUGGGCGCUCUCAUGGAGUAUUCAGAUUCUGAUCUCAUGACCUACAUUUGUAAAAAUCCACAGUCCAUACCACAGAAAGUGGACAUUAUGGAACAGAUUAUCAAAAUACUCUCAGUCAUGGAGGACCACUCCUUAUUUCAUGGUAAUAUAAGACUUAGAAGGUUUGCUGUGUUUAAAGGAAAUAAUCAUAUCAACAUCAAGCUAGGAGAUGCUGGAGUUGUCUCCUAUUUGAAUACGGAAGACAAAUUCCAAGCUGACAACAAUGAAAGACUGCCUUGGCUCUCUCCUGAAAGAAGGAAAAAAUUGAGUCAUGUGACUUAUGAAUCUGAAUGCUAUGCUGUGGGGACCACACUGUGUGAGAUCCUCCAUAGAAAUGAUAAUUUCGCUGAAAUUUUGAAACUCUCUGACCCCAGAGAACUCUGGCAGUAUUUUGAAAGCAACCCAUUCUUACCCAAGCCAGACUUUCGAUUUGAGAAUCAUCAUCAUAACAAAAGGAAUCCUAACUGCCUGAAAUGUAAAGGUGAAAAAGUUUUGGACGAAGUCUUUAACUCUAUCAUAAUGUGGUGUUGGAAGACAGAUCCUAUUGAGAGGCCAACUGCUGUCGAUUUGAAAAAGAAAUUUUCAGAAAUAAAAUUAAUGGCUGAAGAGUUAGACAGAGACACAGUGUUUGAAGGCCUUAAAGAAGUAGUUUAUGAGGCUGGGUUUAAGGAUGAAUUAGAUAUUCUAGAUGAGUCUAAAUUGACUAAAGCAGCUCUAGAGAAUAUAUUAAUGAAAAAAGUUGGGCAGAAAUUUCUGCCGGAUUCUUGCGUGACAGUUAAAAGUAAAGAAUUAGGAAGGGGUUAUUUCGGUGUAGUGUGGGAAGGUUUAAUCCGUGAGCCAAAUCGAAACCUGAACCAUAAGGGCAAACAGGAGCACUGGAAAAAAGUUGCAGUGAAAAAGUUCAGGCGUAACCACAAGCACAGUGACAAGAAGGUUGUAAUCAGCAGUGAGGGCAGUUUUGUCAAAGAGGUCAUGCUGGCCUGCUCACUCAACCACUCAAACAUUGUUCGUUGUCUACAUUUUGCAUUCGAUCAAACAGACUCAGACUUCUCCAAUGUUCUACUUAUUAUGGAGUUUAUGGAUGCUGGUAACCUCUGCUCGUAUGCCGAGAGAAAUCGAAAUGAUCUAAGUCAGCAACACAUGAACCGUCUGCUCAAAAUCUCUUUAGAUGUGGCGGAGGGAAUGGUCUACUUAAGUGGUAAAGAUAUUGUGCAUCGAGAUCUGGCUGCCAGGAAUAUUUUGUUGGCCAAACUUGAAGGCAACGAAAUUGUUGGUAAAAUCUCUGACUUUGGGCUGGCUCGCAGAAUGGAGGAAAAUUACAGAUUCUAUAGAAACAAAGCUCACACAGCCAUUCCAUUUGCUUGGAUGCCCCCUGAGUGUUUGGAUCGUAGAUCUGAUGACAAUCGAUUCACCAGCAAAGGAGAUGUCUGGUCUUUUGGAACAGUUAUGUGGGAAGCUUUCUCCAAAGGAAAGAACCCUAGGAAGAUGAUGCAGAUCAUUGACACUAACGAGAUGGAGGGGAAUCUUCUAAAGGAGUAUAAAAGAGGCUGGAGGUUAGGUCAGGAGGAAGAUGUCCCUGAUGACAUCUACUUUGUCAUGACUCAAUGCUGGGAGUUUGAGCAUGAAAAAAGACCAGCAUUCGUAGAGUUGGUGCAAACUUUGAAAGGCCUGCUCAACUUUAAACAAUGAUUGUGAAAAGUUAAUUUUGUUCCAUUGCAUAGUAAUAGUAGCAUGCAAGUCUUGCAAAGUCAUUCAGAUUUUAACCACAUAGAAACAAUAUUUAAUCUUUGAAAUACUUGGCUGCUUAGUCAUGUGGUAUGCAUUUUAAGCCAUCAUCACUAAGGUAGAUUUAGAGCUUGAAGGACAUUGAAAAGAAAUUAAAUGUUCAAAACCUCUCUUUGGGAGUGGCGGCUGAGUGGUUAGGCACUUGGCUUCCAAGCGGAAUCUUGAUGAAGACUGGGAUUUUGAACUUUGGGGUUUAUAGGACGCCCCUAAGUCCACCCACCUCUUACCAGACAUUAUUUUGGGAAAGUAAAGGCAGUUGGUCAUUGUGCUGGCUACAUGCCACCCUUAUAAUCCAUUGAAAUUUGAAACAGAUGACCUUUACAUCAUCUGCUCUAUUGAUCACAAGGUCUGAAGGAAAGAGCACAAAAACCUCUAGAUUUCUGAAGAUCACUUUGCAAGAGAAAAGUAAAAGUUGAUCUCUAUGCUCUAUUUCAAUGAUAUUCACCAAAGUAAGAACUGAGAUUAAAAAGAAGAAUGAAUGUCUGUACUUAAGCUGGAUGGCCUCCUGGUUGUGUGGUAUGCCCUCUGGUCUGUCAUCUCAGUGGUCCUGGGUUUGAACACAGCUUAAGAUGGAAACAAUAUAUAAUCUUUGAAAUAUCUACAUGGUCAUGUGGUGUAUGCUACAAACUAUCAUGAAGAUGUCCAGAGUUCCAUCCUCUGCCAUCCUGUUGGAGGUUUGUACUAGGAUGUAAUAAUCUUCAAUUCUGAAAGUACAUCACAAACAUGUCAAACAUAGCAAGACAAGCUGACCUGGUGAGAAGCAGAUUGUUACUUAUGAUUAACUGUCAAUCAAAAAUUGUUAUUACUUUAUCCCUAAUUGUGAUUCAUUUAUGAAAGCAGCCUGCCCUGUAUCUCAAGCACAGCUUUGUUUUAUAAGUUAAUCUGGUUUUGUUAAUAAAAAGUAUUUUGUUACCAGCAUCAAAAAGUGUAUAAACUAUGUAUAAUAAUAUAAAGAAAUGUAAAUAAAUAUUUAUUUACAGCUUACGAUAAUGUGAAAUGUGAACUUGACAAUCUUCUUAUAAAAUAUGUUACAUCACAAUGAUGUUAUGUCACUAUGAUGUUAUGUCACAAUGAUGUAAAGUCACAAUGAUGUCUCAAUAAUUUUUUUGACGGGUUGUUCAUUCAUAGAAUUGUUAAAAUCAUGUCUCUGCUUACACUGCUUAUGUUGAAUCUUAUGUUGUGUAAUUCCUUAAGGAAAGCCGCUAUUGUUUUGUGUUGUCUGCCUGUCCAUCAAUCAUAGUUAGAUCUGAAGAGAUAACAGCUCUUGGCCUGAAAUCAGAGCAACGAGUUCUUUUGAUUUUCUGAAAGUGUACUUUUUUUUUUUUUUUUUUUUUUUUAGGCAUAUUUUAUUCAUAUACUUAAACAGCUAUUUCUUUAUCUUUUAUAUUGAAACUAAAUCAAAUAAUUUCUCACCCCUGUUGUCAUUGUAGAAGACAACAACUAGUGAAAAUAUUCAAAGAACUCAGCAUAAUCUUUAUUUUCUAUAAAAUGGUGACAUCUCACACUGACUUCUUGAAGAAAUUUCUCACUUCAUGUCAUUCUCUCAUUCUUUCGACUGACUUAGACUACUUCAUUUAAAGUACACACACAUAUUCAUUCGUGAUGCUUAUAAACAAAUUUAUUUUUUUUUAAUUAAAAAGGGUGUCAUUUUAAUUGUGGAAUGGGAAGGAACACCAAAUAGUUCACAAAAGAAGUUGACUCUAAUCUUCAUCUUUUUCUUGCAAACUCUGUUCAUACUAAAUAUGACAUUGCUGUUGUUAGUGUGAAUUAUGUAUGACUUUGUGAUGUAUGUUUUUAUGAUGUAUGACUUUGCUAUGCAUGACUUUGUUAGGCAAAUGUGUAAGCACAAUAAUGAGUUUGUGUAACACAGACUCCAUAAGUCCUUGUGUUAUUUUUAUUUAAAAAAAAACGACCAAUGUUUUGAAAUUGUCAAAGAUAAACUUUUUUUUUUGUGCUUUUCAGAAAUGUGAAUAAUGUGUACAUAUUGAUAAUGGUUAAAAAGGGUACCAUCGUUUUCUUUAACUAAUGAAAUGCAUCUAUCUAUAUUAAUUGAUUGAAAAACACUUUAGACCAGUGAUGCUAUCUGGUCCCAAGAAUUUUCAUUCUUCAAUUGUGAAGCAGAAAAGGUUCAAUUCUGCUUUUAUUUUUUUUUUGCAAUGAUGUGGAUCAUGACACAUAUGUUCAUAAAUAAAAUGGCCUCAAAACUAAAAGAAAAUCUGGACACUAUUGACCUAGAAACCUAAGUGUAAAAAAAAUAAUUAAAAAAAAAAAUUAGUUUGUCAUUUUAGCUCUCGUGUUUAUGUUUGUAAUGUGAUCACAGUGCCUUGAGCCUACAGCGCUUUAUAAAUAAAAUUAUUAUUAUAUGUAAUCGACGGCCUUAGUGUUAAAGAAGCCCAUCUUUUCAUAUCUAAACAGAGAAUAGCCCAAACGUAGAUUAAUACUUUAGUCAUAUCAAUGUUCAUUGUUAUCGAAGAAAAGUGAAUAAUGCACCUAUUCUUUUUGGAGCUUGCUUUGUCAUAUAAUUCAAAUUUAUCUGAAUGAGAUUCUGGUUGAGUAUUAUACUGUACGGUCCUCAAUCCUGUAGAUACAUAACAAAUGGGUAAUUCCAGGUACCACACAAAAUAUUAUAUGCUCUUAGAAUCAUUUCACACUUCAUUUGGUACCACAUUUUAAAUAAUGUUUAGCCACUCUUCUUUUUAACUGAGGGGGUGGGGGUCGGGCUGUUCGUAUCAUAGAUUCUGUAAGUUAUUCGAGUGAUCAUAACUAGAUGGACACAUGAAAUAAGUUGGACGUAAUUGUCUUCUUUUUUUUAUGUAACGUCUGUAAUAUAUAAGAUUAGAUCAGGAAGUAUUCGGAUAUUUUUUUUAACAGUUCAAAUGUAUGUAUGUCUUGCAGUUCAAUUCUAGCUUUGGGGUUGUGACUCCAAAUGGAGUUGUCUGUCACAGCUUAGAAGAUUUGAAGUCACUGGACACCAAAUGGUUUUGUUCAAAUCUAGUCAUUAUUGUUAUUUAUUUUGAUAUUGUUAUUAUUGCUGAUGUAAGUGCACAUAAUCAAGUCCUGACUCCUACACAAAUUGUGUCAAAUAUUUCUUUGCCAGCUAGUUGUGUGCGGCAUUGAAGGACAAUAUUUGGCUAAGGAUGCAGCAAUCCUACAACUCUGCAUCCUUUCUAAAUUAAAAAAAAAUUCAUAAACGCUUUCCUUUUAAAAUGUUAUACAUUUCUAAAAACUAAAGAUGGUAAAAUCCGCUUACAUUGUAACACUGUAGAUGAAAUUGUUUAUGUGUUAAACUGUUACUUUGUUGUGUAAAAUUAAUUUAACUUUAUAAACAAUUGUGAACACAAUUAAAUAAAUAUUAAAAUAUUUAUUAAAGUUA